CAGAGACGAUCUUCGGCACAGCUAGCCGGCUAACAGCUAGCUCUCAGAGACGCCAUUAGUUUUGGGCGAUAAGCAGCUUCUCUUCGGAGAGAAAACGGAACCAGCUCCACAUUUACACCCGGUUAUCUUCCACCUGGUGAUACACAUUCACAAAACCAGGAUUCUCUUCUGCUGUCGAGGCGUUUCUCUCCUGAUUUUAUCUGAAGUCGGAAGCUGAUGUGAAGCUACGCAGGAUUAGCAUUAGCAUCGUUAGCUGAAUUGUUGUUUUGAUUAUUUCAAGAAAAACAAAGAUUUUAAGAAGAAAAACAAACCAUGGCAGCCGGAGGGACGGGCGGCAAAACCUACUCGUUCAAGGUGGUUCUCCUGGGGGAAGGCUGUGUGGGGAAGACGUCCCUGGUGCUGCGGUACUGCGAGAACAAAUUCAACGACAAACACAUCACAACUUUACAGGCGUCCUUCCUCACGAAGAAGCUGAACAUCACCGGGAAGAGAGUGAACCUCGCCAUCUGGGACACGGCGGGUCAGGAGCGUUUCCACGCCUUAGGUCCGAUCUACUACAGAGACUCGAACGGAGCCGUGUUAGUGUACGACAUCACAGACGAAGACUCCUUCCAGAAGGUGAAGAACUGGGUGAAGGAGUUGAGGAAAAUGUUGGGGAACGACAUUUGUUUAUGUAUAGUAGGUAAUAAAAUUGAUUUGGACAAAGACAGACAUGUUUCAGUGGAAGACGCUGAGAGUUAUGCUGAGUCGGUGGGAGCCAAACAUUACCACACAUCAGCGAAGUUAAAUAAAGGCAUCGAGGAGCUCUUCCUGGAUCUCUGUAAAAGGAUGAUGGAGACAGCUCAGGCGGAGGAGCGGUUGAAGGGCAACGGAGCGAGCCAAUCAGCAUCGAGUAGGCGGGGUGUACAGAUCGUCGACGACGAACCACAGGCCACACCUGCGGGGGGGUGCUGCUCCUCUGGCUAACACACACACACACACACACACACACACACACACACACACACACGCAUACACAUCCAUACGCACACACAACCAUACGUGCUUACACACACAUUUACGAGUGGCUCUAAAACCAUAAUAAAAAAGCUGUUGCUGCUAAGGAUCAUGGGAAAUCAUGUUUCAAAUGAUAUCCCUUCAAAAUAAAAGCAUCUCAUGAUCAAAAUCUGUCCAAAAAAAUCCCAUUUUCAGCACUUUAAUCCUUAAAUGUCCUACAGAAGCAGUGACUUUACCUAAAAUAAACACCACACAGAUGUUGUUGUGUUUAUUUACGCCAAUAAAAAGAGCUGGAAUAACAUUAUAUUGUUUUCUGUACUUGGUGGGAAUCUCUCGUGGGAUAAAACACACAAACAGAACACAUACUGUAAAAACUCAUAAUAUUUACCCAGAAAUAAUCAAAUAUAUCCUCCUAUAAUACAUCCUGUUUUAAACCCAGAGGAGCAGCAGGAUGAGGAAACAGCGCCACCUGCAGGAGACAACGUUAAACUACAAAACUAUUUAUUCAAAAUUCAAUCCAGAACAUACUUUCUGUUAGAGCUGCACAUUUACUUAAAUGUAACCACAUUGAAUGAUUCUCCAGCUCCUUAGAAGCUGCAGGGGAUUAACAGAAACAUCCUUUUAUCAUUAAAUUACAACUUAAACAAAAACAAACAAUAACUUUGUUUUAGAAUAAAGUACACAUUUAAAGUAAUCUGAAUAUGUCUGUAUUCAAACAUAAAUGUAUUGAGUUAUUAAAGAGACAACCUUUAAGUAAUACACAUUUCAGGAGCCGGAAACAAAAAUGAAAACUAGUCAUUAUUUUUUUUGUCAAUAAUUUAGUUUAUUUAUUAAUUCAGCACUAAAUAUAUCUUAAUAUCUCUCAUUAUUGUGCAGCUCCUUCAUCAUCCUCCUCCUCUUCGUCAUGGUUUUUAAAACCCACAAAAACACAAACACAAACAAACACUCAGAAAUAAUACCGUGCAUGUUUUCUGUAAAAGGCUUUUUUCUGUUUUACUUUUAAAAGAAAUGGUGAAUAAAAAAACCUGAAAAUCUGAUAAUUUAAUAACUUCUAUUUACUCUUUCUGUGUACUCUGUGUACUCUGUAUACUCUGUGUACUCAGUGUACUCAAUGUACUCAAUGUACUCUGUGUACACUGUGUACUCUGUGUAUUCUGUGUACUCUGUGUACUCUGUGUACUCUGUGUACUCAGUGUUCACUGUGUACUCUGUGUACUUUCACUGUCUUUUGAACUCCUGUAGCUCCUUCAGUAACGGCACAGUAUUCGGGACAUUUGAGGUGAAGAAGGAAAAGAUAACGGGAGCUGUGAAAUACUUUUAAAUGGUUUAUUUAAAGAAUACAAUUUAAUUUGUUAUGAAUAAAACUUGAAAAUAAAUUGACAAGAUGAAUUUAGAACUCUUUGAAUUGAAACAAGAAAACAAUUUUGGAAAAAAUGUAAAAACUAAUGUGAUUUAAAUCCAAAUUGUGUAAGAAAUCAUUCUGAAAUGUUCUUUAUUAUAAAGGCAUACAUUAACAAAAGUAAAGUAGAAGUGUUCUGAUGUAAAAAACAGAACAAUAAAAAAACACUAUUAAUAUUUCAAGAAAAUAAAGUGAUAAAUUGAAAACCUAAUUGGAAUAAAUAUAAGAAAAUAAUUUGAUAAAUACUCAAAAUAUUCUCUGAGAAGUUCUGCUGAGUCGGUGGGAGCCAAACAUUACCACAUGUCAGCGAAGUUCAAUAAAGGCAUCAAGGAGCUUAAGGAAGUGUCUUAAUGUGAUUAAAAUCACAAGGAAGUAAAAUUCUGUGAACAUUAAAUCCAAAAUGUACGAGAAAUCGAAUGUUUACAAAUUAGAUUAAUGUAUUUCCUUGUAAAUGUUCAACUUUAUUUACUGAGUAAAAUCAGGGGGAAGUGUGAUUUAAAAAAAGGAUUUGACUUCCACAUCGUUUUUAUAAGUGGCCCCAACACCCGGCGUAUCAUUCUCUUUCGCUGAACCACCAAUAAAAGCCUUGGUGACUUUGUUCAAAAACACAGAUCUGCCUUUUGGGAAAUAAUCUGUGGGAUAUUAAUGCAACUAAAUCAGCGCUGCUUUUGGAAAAGUAUAAACUGCUAGUGUCAACGUGUUCUGUAAGGAUGAAUUAUAAGGAUUUACACAUCGCA